CAGUAGAUGCAGUGGAGGGCAGUGUGGCCUUUUAACGUACGUGUGUGAUCCUACAAUACACACGAAGAAGAAGAGCAUCCUUACCAUGCCAUAUAUGGGUAAAACACCGGGCUGUUAGCUAGCUGUGCUAGUCUGAAAAGUGAGUACAGGAACUAGUGUGUGUAAAAUAUGGCAAGCUAAUUACUUUCUGUGAACGACAACCGAGAAGACGUCGUACUUAGGUUUCUACCCAAAACAGCUUUCACCGCCUAAUGAAGAUAACUAACUUUCCCCCACCGAGCUUGUUGGCAACAGAGCUAGCUAAGUUGUAAGAGGGUUAAUGCUAAAGGAGCUCAGACAAGAUGUCAAUGGAGUGUCCCCCAUUACCUCCACCACCUCCUCCUCCACCUGCUUCAGGUCCUCCACCUCCUCCAGCCUCAACACCCAAGAAGAAGCUGUAUCAGACUAUAGCCAGUAACAGGAGUGCUGUGGAGGGGGACUUCACAGAGGCCUGCUUACUGCUCAGUCAGAGGGAGAGCAGAUUUAGGAAGGACCUGCAGUGGUUGCUGGUGAACACAUAUGUGCCCUCCCUCAUCCAAGAUGGUCCACAGUGCGGUCUGGUGGCUUUGUGGAUGUCCGCUCACCUUCGACAGCCACAGCUAAGUGUUGAUAUGGAAACUGUUGUUCAGACAGCACUGAGCAGGGGAUACACGGCACAGGGUGAAAUGUUUUCAGCUGACAACAUGGCCCUUCUGGCAGAGGAGGUUUGUGGCUGUAAGGCAGAGCUGCUGUCGGGGGGUUUAAGUGGUGAUAAUGCUGCAGCCAUUAUCACUCACCUGUGGGGGAGACAGCCUGUCCUCAUCCCAUAUGAUGAGGACUUCAACCACGAACCGUGCCAGCGGAGCGGCCACAGGGCGCAUUGGGCAGUCGCUUCAGGUGUUCUCCUCGGUUUGGACCAGGGGAGUGUGAGCAAAGAGCACUUUCAGCCUGACCCCUCUCUGCCCUGGCUCUACCUCACCGUGGACGGCAGCUCUCCCUGUCCUGUCAGUAACACAGCAGUCAAAGAGGUUUACAUCCUGGCUAAGCAGGGUAAAAGCCUGAGCUACCAGCUGUGGAGUAUGGACAGUGUGGCUCAGAGCAACGAGCAGCUGAAGACACUGGACCCUCGGAGAGCAAACGAUGGGACCCCGUACGUCGUUCCUCAGGGAGGUGUGGAGGCCGGACUGGCUGGACAGGCGGUGUUGCUCCACACAAGGACCCAGAAGGAGUAAUGAGUGUGACGGAUACAGGGUGCCAAAACACUGAUCCGUUGAAGAGGCAUCACUGUGAGCUCUCAUGCUGCAAUAUGACUGAUAUCACAGUUUAACCCAAAGUCUGAAGAACAAUCUGAUGUCUGCGUGAAUUGCACAAGUUUUUGAAUUUAUCCAAAAGUGUUGUGAAUGUCUACAUUACAGUAUUAAUACUGUAUGUGCUACAGCUUUGAUGCUGGGACAUUUUGGAUCCUAUUAGGGGUAAAUGGUGUAACGAUAUGAGAUGAUAUUGAAUCAUUAAGUGUGUACAUAUUCUGAUACACGGGUAGCUGUCUCUUUAAAGGUCUUGUUUGCAGCAUUUAGUGGCAUCUCGCUGUGAGGUUGCAGAACUGAAAUUUCUGGUAGAGCUACGGCGGCCGACACAAAAACGAGAAUGCACCUAUCUAGAGCCUAUGUUAGAUUUGUCUGCUCUGGGCUACUGUUGAACAACAUGGCGGACUCUGUCGAGGAGGACCCGCUGUCUUUGUAGAUAUAAACUGCUCAUUCUAAGAUGACAAAAACACGAUUCUUAUUUUCAGGUGAUUAAUGAAAACACAGUAAUGAUUGACAUACCGUGUCUGCCAAUAGAUGCCCCUCAAUCCUGCACACUGGACCUUUAAUAUCUUCAGAUGUAUGAGGCCUUUUGUUGGAACUGUUAUGGGCAAAUUCGUGCGUUAUCAAAAAUAUUGGAUUUGCAGUGUUGUUACAUCAAUAUGAUGGGAAAAAAUACCUUUAUUUAAUUUAGAGAACAGAAAUUAUCAUCUUAUUUUUUAUCCUUUAAGUUUCUGACUGAAUUUCUGGAAAAUAUACUGCAAUGCAGAAUUAUCCAUGUCGCCCUCCCAUGGAUCACUGUUAUUUAAACUGAGUGCUGUUUUUAUGGAGAAUUAUAUGUUCUGUCCUGCAGGUUUACAGUGUGACAAGUCUUCAUUUACCUCUUGGUGCUGCAUACAAUAACGACUGAACGGAUAUUAUAUUUAACUUGUUUAUAUUCUCAUAAUGUUGUAGUACUCAAGUUUGGUCAAGACUACUACUGGUCAUGUCUUGGUCUGGGACAAGGAGGACUCUGGAUUACAUUUUGAGAUCUCAACUGUGUGAAAAUUCUGACACAUUAAGUUCAACUCUGCGCUGCCUUUUGUUUGUUUUAUAAAAAUAUUUCUCAAAGUACACGUGUACAUGCACACAUACAUUAUACAUGGCAAUAAAAGAGGUGAAUGACAGCGAAUCGUCAUUUGUUUUCUGUGGUUGUUUUUAUGGAAAUGUCGAUGUUUGUGCCUAUGAUUUGCACUCAGUCAUGCACCAUUGGCCUCACACUGGUCUGUGUUUAGUCUUGACUCGGUCUCAACCCCUGAAGUCUUUGUCUUGUCACAGUCUCAAUACACUCUGGUCCUGGUCAUGACUUGGUUUCAGUUAAGGUGGUCGUAACUUAUAUUAAUGGAUAUUCAGUAAAAGAAAUGAAACACACAAAUCAAGUGUUUGAUCUGAGUUGUGUGUUUGAAGAACAAAAAACUCUGAAAGUUCUUAUUUCCAGUUUAUUGCAAUCCAUGACUUGGACAAAGCAAGGAAUUAAUAUCAGUUUUAACCAGUCUGUGUGCUUUACAAUUUUAAAAUACGCUGCCUUUUUAAAAUACAAAAUGUGGUUAUGAGCCCAGUUUUCUUACUUACAAAGCAGCACCCGGUUUGAAAACCUGAUCAUUUGCCAUUUUACAAAUAUAGAGGAUUUGUGGGCAAGACGUGUAAUACUUUGUAAACACCAUAUUAUACCUCUCUCCCAGCAUGUUUACCUUUUAAGAAAUGGAAAAAAACUUAAUUUGAAUUCCAAUUUCAUGAGGUCAGAUAACACACAUCCAAACAGUGCUGCCUGACACUGUCCAAGGACGUCUGUCUCAAGACUGUUACAUUCACAGACCUGCUGCAUUCCAGCCAAGGAACGACAGAUAUGCUCAAAAGCAGUGACUUUAAAUAUAGCAAUGUUGUUUCUUUGUAAACUCUCCAUCCUCAUACAAAAAGUCAACCCCACAAACCUCGUGUUUAGUGUAGUUAAAUGCGAAUGACAGCAUUGCCUCGUGUUUAAAAGUGACACUGUUGUAUUCGAUUCGUCAUCCGUUGAAUCAUAAGACACAUUAAAAAUUUCCAGUCCGAAGAUCACAUGUAAGCUCGAGUCACACAGACUUAUCAGUUUAAUCAGGUAAUUCCAGUUUCAUUUCACCAGUGACACCGCUGCUUUGCUGUGAAACUCCCUGCAAAUCUGAAGCAACACUGACUUAAGAGAAUGAAGUGAUCACAACUAUAUAUAUAAGUGAUUCAUGUUAGAAACGUCCGCAUUUGUAAACCCAGUACUUGACUGCUGCUUCCCAUCUUAAGACACACAGAGGCACCGCUUGAUUUGUUCAAUGGCUUUGUGAGGAUCCAUAGUGCAACAAAUUCCAGACAAACAUGGCUGCCAAGCUGCUUACUGCACAGAUAAACGAGCAAAAAAACUCACUGCAUAUCAUACAAAAAAAAAUAAAAUUUAGAAAACACUUUUCUGCAAGAAGUUAAACUUUGGGAUUAUAUGUAGGGUGAACUCUUUGGAAGAAAAA